CAAAAAAAAAAAAAAAUCAUGGCAGACGAAACAUACCUCACGAGUGGUGUAAAAGGACUCGUCGACGGCGAUAUAACCGAAGUUCCUCAAAUCUUCCAUGUCCCUUCUUCAAUCUUAUCUAACAACAGACCUGAUGAUACCUCCGGCUUAAACCUCACCGUCCCAAUCAUCGACCUCGGAGAAGUCAACAACGAUGACAAAUCAGCGAGAAACGUCGUCGUUUCAAAGAUCAAAGACGCAGCUGAGAAGUGGGGAUUUUUCCAAGUGAUCAACCAUGGUGUUCCUUUAACUGUUCUUGAAGAUAUCAAAGAAGGGGUGCGAAAGUUUCAUGAAGAAGAUCCAAAAGUGAAGAACCAGUAUCUUGCUACGGACAUAAACAAGAGAUUUGUUUAUAACAAUAAUUACGAUAUACAUCAGUUGCAUUGGAGAGACUCUUUCACUUGUUACAUAUCUCCAGAUCCUCCAAAUCCUGAUGAGAUUCCAGUAGCGUGCAGGGGUGCUGUGAUUGAAUACUCGAAGCAUGUAAUGGAAUUGGGAGAUUUGCUUUUCCAACUUCUCUCUGAAGCUUUAGGUUUGGACUCUGAGGUCUUGAUGAGAAUGGAUUGUCUUAAGGGUUUGUUCAUGCUCUGCCAUUACUAUCCACCUUGCCCUCAACCUGACCUAACUUUGGGCAUAAGUAAACACACCGAUAACUCUUUCCUCACGCUUCUUCUUCAAGACCAAGUCGGUGGUCUUCAAGUUCUCCAUCAAGAUUAUUGGGUCGAUGUACCUCCUGUUCCUGGAGCACUUGUUGUCAACAUUGGUGAUUUCAUGCAGCUAAUAACAAACGAUAAGUUCUUGAGUCUGGAGCAUAGAGUACGAGUGAAUAGAGAUAAACCGCGGAUUUCUAUUGCGUGUUUCUUUAGCUCAAGUCUUUCUCCAAAUUCGACGGUUUAUGGACCGAUAAAAGAGCUUUUGUCCGAUGAAAACCCUCCAAAGUACAAAGACAUCACCAUACCGGAGUACACAGCAGGAUACCUUGCUAACCUGUUUGAUGGGGAGUCAUAUUUGUCUAAUUUCAGGAUAUGAAGAGAAGACUUGUCCGACUUAGUUAGUGAAUAUAUGAUGGAUAUUUGUGUGUUAUGCAUAUGUUAAGCUACUAUGUUCCACUCCUCAUGGGGAUUCAAAACUAUUUUAGUUAAAAUCCUAAAGUAUAUCCUAAUGGGUUGCAAUAAGCAAGAAGAACUUUUUAAAAA